AUGUCUGGACUUCACGGGCCACCCCUUGACGCAGCUGCCGAAGAUGAAUGGCUCCCUCAAGUGCCUCAGCAGGCGCGAGCUUGCUUCAGUGUUUGGGCACAUGGUCGGUUGAAAGGGCGAAUGUGCUUGCUGUUGGCUCUGCCAAGGUUCGUUGUCAGCUGCUGUCCAAUCCGCAGACUCCCCUCACAGCUGUGCAAGCUGGAGCAGCUGUGGGACUUUUACAUCGAUGGCAACCGGUUGGGUGAACUGCCGCAGCUCCCUCCGCGCUUGAAUGGGCUCAAGGUUUCUGGCAACCUGUUGAAGCAGCUGCCGAACGCCCUAGGCGGGUGCUUGGAUAUGGCGAACAUCCGGGCGUAUGCCAACCAGCUGGAGUCCAUCCCUGAUAGCAUUUGCGAGCUGCCACGGGUUGUGGAGAUGUCACUUCAGGGCAAUCGCCUGGAGCGGCUGCCUGCGGGACUUGGUGCCUUGCAGCAGCUGCAGUACUUGUCGCUGCAUGACAACAACCUUCGGUCCUUGCCUGCCUCGGUCUCGGAGCUGCGAGAGCUGCGGUGGCUUUACCUCUACAACAACCGUUUGCAGGACUUGCCAGCAGGGCUCAGCAGGCUUCCACUUGUGGAGCGGCUGCUGGUGGAGGCCAACCCGCUGUCCGAGGCGGCGCUUGCUGACCUGGGUGCGGCCGGGCGGUCCGUGCGCGUGCUGGGCUUGGACGCAGCCCAGGCAGCCAAGGUGCCGCCGCCACCAGUGGCCUCUGUGGGAUGGAUGCUGCCAUGGGGCAGGCUGUAUGCCAAGCUGCAGCCCGCCUCGCAGCUGAAGCGCCGCCGAGGCCUGGCGCCCUGCCCGGCCACCCUCACACACCAGGAGGUGCUGGUGGUGGCCUUCGCGGCCAGCCAGGCAGAGCCGGAGUGGCUUGGGGUGCUGAGCCAGGUCUAUUCGGGGCAGGUCUCCAUCGCAGAGGCGGAAGCCCAGAUCUCCAUGGACUGCCUCGGGGGCUUCUCGGAACUGAUGCGCCGGCUGCACGGAGAGGGCACGGAGAAGCUGAACGAGAAGCUGGCUUCCACGGCUUGGCUGCUGGGGCCGCCCCACCUCUCCGGGCAAAACGGCGCGGUGCUCGGGGAUUUCGACGUCCUCUCCCUUUGCGACACGGGAGCACAGUGGUAUUGCGACGUGGCGGAGAGGGAGCAGCUGCAGUUGGAGAGCAAGCUGCGGGAGUUCGUGAAGAACUAUCGCCGUGUUAUCUUCCUGGGCGUGUCUAUGGGGGGCUUUGCGGCUUUGUCGAACUCUCACCUGGCCAACUCCGUUUUGGUCUUUGGCCCUCAGACUGAUCUGACUUUGAGCCACCUGCGGCCUGGCUUCAGCCCCGAUGACCUUCAGAGGCACAGCGAGAACAUGCGGUGCCGCGUGCGGGAGGCUGUUGCGGCGGGUGUGCAGUUCCAAUACCAUGUCGCGGUCGAGGAGCACUUGGCCUACGCCCGAAGGGUGCCGCUUCCCCUCAGCAGUAUCUUCAUCCACCCGAUCGAAGGGCGCAUCGCCCGCCUCAUGGAGAAGACUGGGAUCCUGUGGCCGCUGCUUGUCAGGAGCAUCGCUCGGGAGCAGAAGCUGGCGAGAGGAGAGAAGGACAAGUGGCCCAAGGCGGAGGAUAAGCCGCCUUCGGGCUUCUUUGCCUGGGACUUGGAUGGCAAAGAGGAGGUUUUGCAGCUGUGCCUCUGGGGCGCAGCUGGCAAGCUCUCCACCUGCAAGAUCAGCGGGCAGAACUUGACCCUGCUCUCCAAGUCUGGUCCUCGCGCCAACGACUGGUUUUGCAGCGGCUGUCUUGCGCACAACGUGUCCAAGGCUUCCUCCUGCAAAAAGUGUGGCGACUCUGGGCCGCCGCAGGGUGUGGUCGCCAAGGCAUGGCGGAAGCACGUGCCGGAGGAGCCGGUGCCCAGCAGCAGAGCGUCAGUGUUGGCAAGGAUCCGCAGGCUGCCCUGGCGGACCUUGGGCCUGGUUCUGGUGCUGCUGUGGCUGGCGCUGCGCCGACGGCUGCGAUGA